CCAUUUCAGUUGAUUAUGAACCAGAUCAAAAGGAAGAAAUCCUCUGUGGAAAAGGGAAAACCUCAGUGCUCAUCAGGCACUAGAUUCUUCAGGGGCUUACACACUGGGAAAUCUGAUGGUGAAAGCAAAGGAGAAAGUGAAAGAGCAGAAAUUGAUAACUCUAGACCAGAUAAUCAGAAUGAGAAGCAAGCUCCCUGUGUAGCAGAUGAACCUCCAUAUCUCAUUUCCAAAACAAACACAACAUCUGGUAUGUGGCGCAUUAAGCAGUUCAUGCAAAAACUGGGUAAGAAGCCCAACAGCAAGAAUAUGGACCUAAAUAAUUGUGCAUUAGAUGCAACAGAUUUAAUGGAGCUGGUUCCUGUGUUACCUUUUCUACCAGAGCUGGAGGAGCUCAAUCUUUCCUGGAAUGAUUUUGUAGGAGGGGCUCUGAAACCCCUUGCUCUUCGGCUCCAUCAUAUGAGCAAGUUAAAAAUCCUCCAACUAAACAACUGCAGGUUGACAGCUGAGGAUGUUACUUCUUUAGGAGAGGCACUUGAAACCAUUCCUCAUCUUGAAGAACUGGAUUUAUCCUGGAAUAAUAACAUAGGUGGAAAACUAUCCCUCUUGACCAAAAGAUUCCAGACAGGCUGCAAGAUCAAAAUCCUAAAAUUUACAGAUUGCAGUCUAACAACAAAAGAUGGAGACUCUCUAGCGGAGGUUCUAAAUGUCCUCCAUGACCUUGAAGUAUUAGAUAUUUCUUUUAACAGAAACAUUGGCUGCAGUCUGAAGAGUAUUGCUCAGGAAUUGAAAAAUGUGCCAGUUUUGAAAGAAUUAAAUUUGCACAUGUGUGGAUUAAAGCAAGAUGGCUUCCAGCAUUUAGACAGGGCUUUCCAGUACUUACCAGAACUAAACAAAUUAGACCUAUUGUGCAAUAAAGAGAUUGGUGGAGGGUUUAAGGAUUCAGCAACUCAUUUGGCCAGUUUUAAAGACCUAGAAGUCCUGGAUCUCCACCAGUGCUGUGUAACAGAAGAGGACAUGGUGGUUCUCACACAGGUGAUACCUUUACUCUCGAGUCUUCAGGAGCUGAAUUUAUCAUCCAAUAAAAACAUUGGAGUGUCUUCCAACUACCUUUUUAGCAGGCUCAGAUUUUUACCAAAGUUGAAAUCUGUGGUCGUCAGCAGUUGCUCUUUAGGGGAAGAUUCUUUUGCAUCACUAGCUGAGACUGCCCUUCACCUCCCUGAACUGGAGAUAUUAGACCUUUCUUGGAAUAAAUGCGUUGGUGGGAACCUAAAGCUGCUUUUGGAAGCACUAAAGCUUGCAACGGAGAUUCGAACGUUGAGACUGAGCAGCUGUAACUUGGUGGCUGAGGAUCUGACUCUUUUAGCAUUAGAGGUCCAAGGUGGGCAUCUAGCCAAAUUACAGAAGCUAGAUCUGAGUUAUAAUGACACUGUUUCUGAUGAAGGAUGGGCCACUUUCUUUCAAGGCUUAACUGCACUCAAAGAACUUUCAGAGUUGGAUGUCAGUCUUUGGCCAUCAUCUUGUCCUGACUGUGGAAUGUGGUUCAGCAAGUUGCUAACAGAUUUGUCAAAGCUGCCUGCAUUCACAGAGAUAGGGAUGCAAAGGUGGGCCCUUCCGGAAUCACAGCAGAGGCAAAUGGAAAGCUUUAAUCAGGACACUAAAAGGAAUGUUCACUUUGAGUAUUGA